CUAUUACUGACUAUCUUUAGUUGUCCACGUAACAAAUUCGAUGGAAAACAAUGGAAGCAGCAUCCAUUUCCACGGUAUUCGCCAGAACUACACUAAUCCGAACGACGGAGUUUCCUCUAUCACUCAAUGUCCGACUGCACCUGGAGAAUCAACAACCUACACAUGGAGAGCCACCCAAUACGGGACAACCUGGUACCAUUCUCACUUUGCUCUUCAAGCCUGGAAUGGUAUUCUAGGUGGAAUCAUUAUCAAUGGGCCAUCAACAGCCAACUACGAUAACGAUAUGGGCGUGAUGUUUCUCAAUGACUGGACUCAUCAAACCGUUGAUCAAGUUUAUAUUACUGCUGAAACUUCGGGACCACCAACCUUAGAUAACGGCCUUAUCAAUGGUACUAAUGUUUACGGAGAUCUCGGUUCUCGCUUCAACAUGACUUUCACAGCUGGUGAAUCAUAUAGAAUCCGUCUUAUUAAUGGGGCCGUUGACACUCACUGGAAGUUCAUGAUUGAUUCGCACAAUUUGACGGUCAUGGCUAUGGACCUUGUCCCUAUUGAGCCUUACGAGACCAAUGUCCUCAGCAUUGGAAUGGGUCAACGAUACGACAUUGUCGUGAACGCUUCUCAGACAUCUGGCAACUUCUGGAUUCGUGCCAUCCCACAAACGUCCUGCAGUGACAACGACAAUGCCGACAACAUCAAAGGUAUACUUAAGUAUGACUCCACGGAUACCACAGAGCCCACCUCGUCCGCAUACUCCUAUAUCGACAGCUGCGAUGAUGAAGAUAUGUCCGACCUCGUCCCGUACCUUGCCCUCGAUGCCAGUGCCGAUACCGAGGAGGAUGAUUUUGCUGUCACAGUCGGAAAAGUCAACAACUUGUUCAAAUGGUACAUGGCAGCCACUACUUUCGUCGCCGAAUGGGAUGACCCAACUCUUCUCCAAAUCUACAACAACGAUACCAACUUCACCACCUCCUCUCAUGUCAUCGAGGUCGAUACCGCUGAUGAAUGGGUCUACUUUGUCAUCGAGACUACCCAGACUGUGCCUCAUCCCAUCCAUCUACACGGGCAUGAUUUCUAUGUUUUGGGCCAAGGAACUGGAACUUACGAUGCUGACACUACCACACUCACUACCACCAACCCACCCAGAAGAGACGUUGCCAUGCUGCCUAGCUCAGGAUACCUCGUCAUCGCAUUCCUGACUGACAAUCCAGGCGCUUGGUUGUUGCAUUGCCACAUCGGAUGGCACACAUCUGAAGGUUUCGCUCUUCAGAUUGUUGAGCGAUACAGCGAAAUUGCUGCUCUCAUCGACUACGAUACCAUGAACUCGACUUGUGCCGCCUGGGAUACUUAUGUUGCUGCUGACGAUAUCGUUGAAGACGAUUCUGGAGUUUAGGUGUCUGCUUUUUGGAUGAAUGUGAGGGAUUGCAGAUGAUUGAGAAAUUGCUGUUGCUCUUUGCACUAUACCACUGCGUUUUCUUCUAUUGUUUUUUUUGUUUUGCAAUGGUAUGGAGUCAUUCUUUUGGUUGGGAGAUUAGAUAUGAGGGUUUGAGGAGCAUUGGGGACUUGGAAAGCGUUGGUGCAUUCUUUCAUGGGGCGGAGUUGAGCAUUGUAGAUGGGAUGGGUGUACAUUUCAUACAUUUCGUACACGAUAUACUAAAAGUUCUCACUCUAUACUUCGAUCUCUAGCUCUCAUUUUAGGGUACGGUUUCCUGAAGUAGGGGCGAGUUGUUCAUUUGCUCCCGCUGUUUCCUCUCGGC